AUGCCUUCUGAAUUUGCUCGGUUGCCAAGGUCUAUUGACGACAUUGAGUAUUUUAAAGCAACAGAAUUGAGAAAUUUUGUCAUGUACACUGGUGCAAUUGUCUUGCAAGGUAAAUUAAAGAAAGCUUUUUAUAAUCAUUUUAUGCUUUUAGUAUUUGCUGUUCGUAUUUUAGCAUGUGCUGAAACUUGUCAGAAGCUCAAUGAUAUAGCUUCUCAAUUAUUGAAAAAAUUUGUUACUGAUUAUGCUACCUUAUACGGUCAACAUUUAAUAUCUUACAAUGUUCAUAGUUUGAUACACCUACCUAUGUUUUCAAUGAUACAUGGACCACUUGAUAGUUUCAGUGCAUUUAGGUAUGAGAAUUACCUACAAUAUAUAAAGAAAUCUUUAAAGUCUUCAAAAUAUCCAUUACAGGAAAUAUUAAAUAGAAUUGUAGAAAAGCAAAAAACUGAUAACUCUAAGUUCGAUCUCUACACCCAGUUGCCUCAUUUAAGCAAAGAAAUCUAUCAACAUUCACUAUCAGGUUUAGAAUUAUCUGAUACAGUUUAUAGGAAAUAUAGCUUUAUGAGAACAAAUACAACUAUAGAUACAUUAAAAGAAAAAGAUAAAUACUUCAUGUUAGAUGAUAACGCAUUAGUCUCAAUAAUUAAUAUUGUAAAGUCUAAAGACAAUUCUAUAAAAUUUUUUGUUAAAAAAUACCUAAAUUGUAAAGAAUUUUGCAAUUGACCUGUUAUUUCUUCCUUAA